AUGGCACGGGAUACCUGUGGAAAUCAUGUGCUGAAUACUGCAGAAAAUGUAAGGGGAGAUCAGACGGACAUUGCGUCAAAGUUUUCAACAAAAAAUUUAGCGGUGGAUAUCAAUGCCAGUGCACUGGAGGCAGCACUGCUAAAUCAGAAAAUCUACGUGAUAAAGCUACCUGCGCUUUGGGACUAUGACUCGAAACUAUGGCUGCUUCAUAAUGGCGGUAUGAGCGCUGUCAUACCUUAUCAUUUUCAACAGUCUAUAUUUGUUUUGUAAGA